AAAAAUGUGAAGUUGGCUUCAGAUUAGUUGAUUAUAAAUAACUGAGCUUCACUAAAUCCUUGAUAACCUGCUUGAGUCUAACUUUGGCUUCCUACCACAGUCUGUUAUGUCAUCUGUUCCAAUGUCUCGGUCAACUGGUUCACCUUAAGACUGAAACACGCAUUUCGGACGGGACGGCUGAGUUAGCUAGCUAAGCUAACCGCGAACAGAGAGACAGAAUGCUCUCCCGCAUGUUAUUUUCUCUCCUCAACAACCUCCAUGUCGUGGAGAAGCUGGCAGAGUCUCGUCCGAUCCGCAGGGCGGCUCAGAUCACAGCCUACGCCAUCACCAAGGCUCAGAUAGCCGGCCGGGACGCCUCGGAGCGGGUCAUGCGGUCCCAGACGCUGCGGCAGGUCCGGGAGGAGGCCGGUAAAGUCCCCGGUGACCUGGGAGAGAUGAACCACCGCCUCAGGAAAGUCCGAGAGACAUUUGUGAAUGAAGUGAAGCAGGGCUGGAAGGACGGCUCCAGGCAGAUCAAGAAAUAAGAGGACAGGCUGGUUAGAGGAUGUUAAAAUGUCUGGAAAGGUACCUAUAACUACAUGUUUGUUGUCUGUCUGACAACAUCUGGUGUGUUUAUGGUCCCCUCCUAUAUUCCCCAUAUGUGUGGACUGCAGCACAGUAGAAAUGAUGUGUGAACAACCUGCCACAGCAAUGCACAGCAACAUGUAUGCUGUUAGACUACAACCAUCAGGAAAAAGCUGCAGGUGGUUGUUAAGAUUGUGAAGAAUAAAUGAUAAACUGUGUUUUCACGCUAGAACAAGUGGAAAUUCAAAGGGUGCAUUUCAUCUUUCAGAAAGCCUUCAGAAAGAGAAGCUGUCUUGGAAUUAGUGUGGUGACAUAAAAUGCACCUGCCCAAAUGUAGCUGACAAUUACAGGUAAUUACAUUAAGUUUCUUAGGAGAACACACUCAAUAGGACUGCCUUUAAUGACGGCCUCUCCACAUCAGUCCUUGGAAAAGAACAACUUUCUAUUUUCCCCUAUUUACUUCCACCAAUGUGCAAUCAUUCACCUGUGACACUGAUCCUGCCAACAAGCUUUUUCUGACUCUGUACUUGGAAAAUAAUUUUCUGUUUAAAAAAGUACAUAUAUGAGGACAUAUGAUAUGUGUAGACAGUGGGACUGUAUGAAUAAAGAUUAUAAUUUAUAACUGUG